CAUAGCGGGAGACGGUAUGAUUCAUUGAUGGAAGCCUUAUCUUCUGUGCCACGCUUUCCCCUACUAUAGAUGGAGCUUUCUGCCUUCCCCACCUUCAAAGCAGUUUCUAAUGCUUCCUUAAUUCUAUUUUCUUCUAAUCAACUCUGCAGCCGCUGCUCCUUUCCUCUUCGUCGCGGCGAUUAUGGCUUCUCUUGGAUUCCCGAGCCAAAACUGUUUGUUCGGAUCAAGAUGUGUUCGGAGAAGAAAUGUUCGUCGUCGAACGGUUACGGUGGAACCGAAAACGGAGAAACGAAACCUGAUUUCGUCGAAGUCAUAGGCAUUGGUUCUAGGAAGGACGCUAUUUUUGAUUUCUGCUUGAGCGCGCCGUUUCAGUUGCCUUUGCUGCGGUUUUGGAGUAUCCUUAUGACAGAAUCAGAAGAAGUGCAUUUACAACAAAGAUCAAUUGAAGAAGAAUCUCAUCCAAGAGUUGUCAAAGCUCCCAUAUUUUUGAAGUCAUGCUCACAGGCUAUUGUUCUUGUGGCCAGUGCAGGAUAUGGCUUGUACCACACUGUUGCAGCUGAUAUUUUUGAAACUGUAAGGUCCAGGAAUGGAUUAACAGUGGCUAUAGUUUUGAAGCCAUUUAGAUUUGAAGGGCUUAGACGCCAAAACGAGGUGAAGGCCUUGAUGCAGAAACUUAAGGAGAACACAAACUUACUUAUUGAAAUUGAUAUUGAUGCACUGCUUGAGAAAGACUUGUUGACACUAGAUGAGGCCAUGAAGACUGCUAAUGAUGCAGUUUUGCUUGCUAUUAAGGCUGUCUCUGUUCUGAAGUCUGAGAUGCACAGAAAAUUUAUAGACAGAUUGAACGGUGGGAUGAAAGAGGCCAGUCUUUCAGAAAUUAAUAAAAUGUUAGAAUCCUAUAAAGAAGCAGGGAUUGGAUUUGGAGCCGCUGCUAACAUAAAAGCUUCAAUUUUGCAGUCUAUAUUCGAUAGUCCUUUCCUGGGUGCUCGAUUGAAGGAUCCAAAUAGCAUAGUUAUAUGCACUCUUGCCUGUUCAGGACCCAUCAGUGAUAGUGAUAUAGAAAUCUUUCUACGUACUUUCCGUCAAACAACAAAUUACACAAAAGAUAUUAUAAUAUCAGCAAUACAUGACCCUACUGUUGAGCCCAACCUACUCAUAACGACAGUGCUUACACUUGGCUGUUUAAAUGUGGAACGGUCUUCCCAGAAUGGUGGUAUACUAUCCAGACUUGCCAUGCAUUUUCCUCUUAUUUUUAGCUUUUGGGGAAGACAUAGUCAGCAACAAGUUGGCACUGGGAAACAGACUGAAGUAUUUCUGCCAGAAAUGAUGAGUUCUGAUGAUGUUGAUGAGAAGACAAAUCAGAUCGCUUCAGAUGGCAUAGAUAGCAAUCUUGAUAAAAACUAUGAGGAGUUGGAGCCAACAAUGAGCAACAAUUCCAAGUUUCCUGCUUCAAGGGAUUCAGGAAAAAGUGAAGAUUUAUUUGACACCUCUUCCAACUAUAACAUCCUCUAUGACUCUAUUACUGAAGGAGUUGCAUUAGGUGACUCUGCUUUUCAAAGGGAGCAACUUGAGAACUGGAAUUUAGGUCCCGGAUUUGAGGUGGCAAAGAAAUGGGCCCAGGAAAAAGCUGCUGAUGCUACACCAAUUGUUGAUAAUCUAAGCAUCUUCCACCUUCCUGUUGGCGUGAGGCCUUCAGAAGAAUUGAAAGAAAGACUAGAAAUCUCAUUUAUGACAAAACAGCAUGAGCCUGAUACUGAUAAUGUUGUGAAAGCACAAUCAUUUAAUGGAGGUACGUCUUCUUGGAGUGCAGUGACUGAUGCUAGCUUGGAAGCAGUUAUGGAAUUUGCAUCUUCACUUUUGAAAGGAAAGAAUGCUAAUAAAUCAAAGACACAUGGAGUACUAUCUGUUCGUGCUGCGUCUAUGUUGGAGGCAGAACGUGAUUUCUCAAAAAAGUGGAGUCCAGUGGUGGAAAUGCAAUAUCGGGGAGGAAGAUACAAGGGACGAUGCCAAGGAGGUCUACCUGAAGGAAAGGGGCGCCUUGUUCUCAGAGAUGGGAGCAUAUAUGAUGGCUUAUGGCGGUAUGGUAAGAGAUCGGGUCCCGGUACAUUAUAUUUCAAAAACGGAGAUAUGUUUCAAGGAUUAUGGAGAGAUGAUGUCAUACACGGCAAGGGUUGGUUUUAUUUUCACACUGGUGAUCGCUGGUUUGCAAACUUUUGGAAGGGAAAAGCUAAUGGUGAGGGACGAUUCUACACAAAGUCCGGUGAUGCCUUCUUUGGCAAUUUCAAAGAUGGGUGGCGACAUGGCCAGUUUCUCUGUAUUAAUGCAAACGGGACAAGGUACACUGAAAUUUGGGAUCAUGGUGUUCGUGUAGAUAGCAAGCAUUUGGACAGAUGAACGAGGUGGGCGAAUGCGGUACCGAAAAUUUUGUAAUUACUGUGCAUUUUAGUCUUUGUCUCCAUUUUUUAAUGUUUUAUUUAUCUCUUUUUGUGUUGUAUUAUUGUCUUUAUCUUCCCACGUGGCCAAUCUACCCUCUGGCUUCUUUUUCCACCUAUUCUGGUAGAAGUUGCUAGUAUCCAUAUUUCGGGUUUUAAAAGUA